CCAUGUUUACUUACAAGCAUUAUCUCAGGUAUGAUUCUUUCGAUUGUAUCUGUUCUUUUUGCUGGAUAUCUGGCCUCCUGUAGCAGGGGAUCUGUUUCUGCAGAAACAACUGCUGUACUUCUAGGAGGUGAUGGGAAAACUGAAUCAUAUCCCUGUGAUGUGGCAAUAGGAGAUAUUGGUAAACUAUAUGGACUAGAUAUCCUAGGAGCUGCAGUUCUGAAUGGACAGAUUGUUUACUGCGGGGGUUAUGAUGGUGGAUACCACAGUGAAUGUUUCAAGAAUGAGGGAUUGGAUUGGAUAGAGUUUGAAAGUAUGAAUGUGGCAAGAUCAUACUUUACCUUGACUACACUAGGAGACAAGAUACUUGCUGCAGGAGGAGACACUCAACAGGAGAUAACUGCUACUGUGGAGGUGUUUGAUGGAACCUCCUGGAAGCUUCAAAACUAUAAAUUGACAUCUGCAAGAAAAAGUCACUGUGCUGUUUCUUUCAGUGAGAGUCAAGUCAUGCUGAUAGGAGGAGUGGCUGCAGGUGUGUUAUCUGUUGUAGAAGUCUACAGUAUUGACGAGGGAUUCAUUGCAGAACUUCCAUCAAUGCCAACUGCAAGGUAUGGACUAGCAUGCAGCAUGUUUAAGGGAGAAAUAUGGACAGCUGGAGGAUACAAUGGUGGAUUUCUAGAUGGUGUAGAAGUAUUCGAUUCGUUUACAAUCACCUGGAGGAGUGGUCCUAGGCUGACCAAGGGGAGAUACUACCUAACAAUGGAGGUGCUGGACAACAGCCUGGUAGUCUUUGGAGGGUCUGGAGGUGGAGGUUCAUACAGUCUGGAGGUUCUAGAUGGAGAACUGUGGAGGGAGGAACCUCUGCAAUAUUACCAUUUUAACCAUGCCUCUGUAUCAAUUCCUUGUAAUUGAUACAGAGAUGUAUGUUCAUUCUAAAUUGUAACUCAAAUUAAUAAUUUGAUUUAAAAUAUUAUCUUUUCUAAAAAUAAAUUGGAUUUAAUGCAGCAA